AUGCUGAAAAAUAUGUUCAAGAUCAGAUGUUGUAUUAAUGAGACUGCAGCUAAGGCAGGGGUUCAUUCAAUGAUUACAUCUAAACUUGAUUAUUGCAAUGCAAUUCUCUAUGGUCUGCCAGAGUCAACACUAAAGCACUUCACCAGGGUUCAGAAUCUCUCUGCACAUUUCAUCUCUCAACAUGGUGAAUAUGAACACAUAACUCAAGUUCUUAAACAACUUCACUGGCUGCCUGUAUAUCAACGUAUUUGCUACAAAGUUCUAAUAUUGACUUUCAAGUCGUUAAAUGGUCAGGCACCAACUUACCUUGAGGGGCUUAUGAAGAGGAGACCUAUGAAAAGAACAAGGGUUGAUGGCAACAAUGACUUGGUGAUCCCCACCAUCAAGCAUAAGUCCUUUAGAGGAAGAUCAGUGGGCUAUGGGGGACCUAAACUAUGGAAUACCUUACCGAAAAAACUGAAGACAUGCACGAACAUCAAUGCUUUUAAGAAAUUCCUAGAGGCAUUUUUAUUUGAAGAGGCCUACUUGCAGUAG